GCUGUGCAGUUGCUCCGUCAUUCUUUGUGUCUGAUGGCGAGCCGUGGUGCCUGUAAGUGCCACGGUAUUGGACGCGGUUUCUCUUUCUUCCCUGCUUUUUGGCAUCCCUUCAAAAUGUUUCUUCGGAUAAGCAGCAGGUACAGCCUCAGAACACACAAGGAGUGCUUUCUGUGAAGAAUUUUGGCUACAUUAGUUCAGGAAUCUUUAUGAAGCAUUUAACAUUAAAGCAUGGCAGAAAAUAAAGAAAGGAAACCUAAAAAUGCAGAUGUGAGACCCAAAACCAGCCGGAGCAGGAGUGCAGACAGAAAGGACGGAUACGUAUGGAGUGGAAAGAAGCUUUCCUGGACAAAAAAGAAUGAGAACAGUUCUAAUGCUGAGAUGGCAAAUGCCUCAGGAAAACCUACAUUAAGUCUAAGGAAUCAGGAGAGAAAACAGAGCUGUUUCUCAACUGAGAUGGAAUUGGAACAUGUAUGUGGUCACAGGUUCCUAGGCCGUACUUUUAAACAGAAACUGCAGGAUGCGAUGGGACAGUGUUUCCCCAUAAAGAGUUGUAGCACUCGGCAUUCUUCAGGGCUUUCACCAAAGAGAAAAAUACAUAUCAGUGAGCUUAUGUUGGACAAAUGCCCUUUUCCACCACGAUCUGAGCUAGCAUUUCGAUGGCAUUUAAUCAAGCGGCACACUGCCCCUGUCAAACAAAUAUCUGAAAGCUGGCUAAGUAUGGGUUCAUCAAAAGGUGAAAGGAAAGAUGAAGAACUGAAAGAGAUUGAGAGGGCAGGUGAAUCAGACUCCGCUGUGUUGCAGGGAAAUAAUGCUAUUGAUAAUGCUUCCUAUCCAUGUGAUCCUCAAGAGGAAUCUGCCAUAGGUAAGCAGCUAAAGAUCAGCAGAGAGGAAAGUGACAUGGACUCCGAUGAUGAAGUAAUGACACUCUGCACUAGCUCCAGGAAGAGAAACAAACCACGGUGGGAAGCAGAGGAUGACCUGCUGCAGAUGCCACUCAGAUAUCACACCCAGAUUGAUUAUGUUCAUUGUCUUGUUCCUGACCUCCUUCAGAUCAAUAAUAACCCAUGUUACUGGGGAGUGAUGGAUAAAUACGCUGCAGAAGCACUUUUAGAUGGAAAGCCAGAGGGGACUUUUUUAUUACGCGAUUCUGCCCAGGAGGAUUACUUGUUUUCCGUUAGUUUCAGGCGUUAUAGUCGUUCUCUUCAUGCCAGGAUUGAACAAUGGAAUCACAACUUCAGCUUUGAUGCUCAUGAUCCAUGUGUCUUCCAUUCCCCUGACAUUACUGGACUUUUAGAACAUUAUAAAGAUCCAAGCUCUUGUAUGUUCUUUGAGCCACUUCUCUCGACUCCCUUACAUAGAACUUUCCCUUUUUCCCUUCAACAUCUAUGCAGGACAGCUAUUUGUAACACUACAACUUACGAUGGCAUAAAUGCCCUUCCUGUUCCUCCAUCUGUAAAGCUGUAUUUGAAAGAAUAUCAUUAUAAAUCAAAAGUAAGAGUCCUCAGGAUUGAUGUACCAGAUCAACAUGCCUAGAAGGAUAUUCUGGAAGUUUUUUUAUAAUUAUUUUGGGAGAUUUUGUUUCUAUUUCUCUUAUUAACAAAAUUUUCAUGCAAAAAUAUCUACCCACCAUAUUUAACUUUGCCUGAGCCUUAUGUCCAAAUAUAUUUUUAUUUCCUGCCCCAAUGAACAGGUUUCUGUAAAAACACAAAACUGAUACUAACGUUAUAUAAAGCUUUAUGGAAUUUCAAGGAAGCUAUUUUAAAGUUUUUACUCAAGCAUAACUUUUUAGAUAUGAACCUAAGUCAAGGUUCAAAUUUGACUUGCCUUUUAUAAACUAAUUUAUAUGCACUACAGGCAUGCUUGAAAAACUGAAUAUAGUAGUUCUUCCAGAAUUACCAAUUUGUAGCAUUUUUUAAAUCAUUCUGUCCUUGCUAUAAAAGUAAAAUUAAUAAUAUUGUGAUACUCCUACCAUUCUGAAUACUUAUUGUUUUAAAUUUCAUAUAGGUUGCUUAUAUUUUGAGAUUAAAUGUCCCAAUCAUAUGCUAUGUGUCAGAACAUGAUUUGGAGUUGUUAUCAUUUUUAAUAAAUGUUGAAUAUAUA